UCUCUCAACUCCCAGGGACGCGUUUGCAGAAAGUUAUGAAAUAAUUUUCGUGGGAAAAUCCUGAAACAAAUAAUAAGAUACUGUAACUUACAGCGCAACGCACUCAUUGUACAAGAAAAGCAAUGAUGCUAGCGUUUGUAAUAUUUGCUGUGACAUUUACCAUUUCUUUGAUUUUGGCCGUUAUCUAUUUCUAUCCUGGAUCUACAAAAUACACCACGAUACCAGGAGCCAGCCCAUCACAUCCAAAAGAUGGAAAUUUGGCUGACAUCGGUGCAGCUGGCAGCUUGCACCAAUAUCUGAAGAAGCUUCACAAUGAACACGGACCAAUCGUCUCAUUCUGGUUUGGACAGCAGAUGUUUGUUAGUCUUGGUAGUCCAGAGCUUUGGAGAGCACAUAUGAAAGUAUUUGAUAGACCACCUGAGCUUUUUCUGCUCUUUGAACCUCUCAUCACAAAAUAUAGUAUUCAGUAUCAAAAUAAGGAUGAAGGCAGAAAAAGGCGCAAAUUAACAGACAACGCUUUUGGACAUAAUAUGCUGGGUAAUUUCUACAGCGUUUUCCAUGAUGUUGUGGAUGAGUUAUGCCAGAAGAUAUCAAGUCUGCCAGACACAGAGCACAUCCCAGUUUGCCAGUACAUGAUGGCACUUGCUCUCAAAGGAAUUACUCAAACCUCUUUUGGUGAUUACUUUAAAGAUGACGAGAAAGCAUUUGAGUUCCGGAAGCAUUAUGAUCUGUGUUGGUAUGAUCUUGAAUCCCGCAUGUCUGGUGAUGAACCGGCUCCAGAUAGUGACCGUCAAAAGAAUUUCCUCAAAUCCAGGGACUUUAUGCAUGACACAAUCCGAACUAUUAUCAAACAACGUCGUAAUAACCCACCUGUGGAAGAUAAGCAAGUCUUCCUUGACAUCCUCAUUCAGGCGGACAUUCCUGAAGAGCAACUCCUUGCGGAUGCACUGACCUAUGUCAUCGGUGGUCUGCACACCUCUGGAAAUGCUCUUAGUUGGUGUUUGUAUUUUCUGGCAACUCAUAAAGAUGUAGAGGAGAAAUUGUACACAGAGUUCAAAGAAGUACUUGGUGAUGAAAAGGUUACUCCAGAGACAAUUGGUAAACUUGUGUACACGAGACAAGUUUUGGAUGAGACGAUGAGAACAGCCGUGCUUGCACCAACAGCCGCAAGAUUUCAAGAGAUGGAUGUGCAAAUUGGCGGACACAUUGUCCCUAAAAUGACUCCAGUAAUCCAUGCACUUGGUGUGGUGCAGGAGGAUGAAAAGUACUGGCCAGAGCCUAGAAAAUUUGAUCCGGACCGAUUCAGCGAAGAGAAUUCAAAGCAUCGUGAUAAACUGGCCUUUUCACCAUUUGGUUUCGCUGGUAAACGCAUGUGCCCAGGUUACCGUUUUUCCUACGUUGAGUUGACUGUUUUCCUGUCUCAACUUAUUCGCAAAUUUAAGUUCAAUCUUGUAGAGGGACUUGUGAUUGAGCCAGUCCAUGGUCUUGUUACAACUCCAAGCGAUGAAAUCUGGGUCACAGUUGAGAAGCGGUAAAAGAUUUUAGACCAGAGCAAAUAAUCAUGAUCAGAAACAGUUUUAUAAAGAUUUUAUGAAACUAAUAUGAUUUUACAAUAUUUGGUUUUUGACAAGAAAGGUAACUUUGUUUUUGACAAUUUUUUUUAUCACUGCAGACAAGCAUAGUCAAUAAACAAUAUUUAAAGCUGAGCAUGAAAAUUUCAAAAUAAUGUUGUACAAUUUUAGAAAUAAUCUAUACUUUUCUGUGUUCUACCACUUUUGCCAUUUUUCUUCUGGAAGACAGUUUUAAACAUUUUUAAUAUGCUGAUUUAUUUCAACAUUGUUUUGUGAGGGUGGUCCAACCAACUGAGCUGGUCAUUUGGAAUACAAAACCUAAAAUUUGGAUUAAACAUUCAACGAUAACUAUAUUAUUUAAAAAAAAUCAGUCAAAAUAUUGAAUUUAUAUAAAUCUAUAAAAUAAAUAAUGAGCAGGAUUUUAGAUUCUUGUCAAUCUUCUUAAUUCUUUUUUUUAAGAAUAAGAAAUAGGACCAAGACAAACUUGGUUGUUGGGCGAUAAAUCGCCUUUUUCCGGGAAAUUUUUUUUCAUAUCUAUGAAGUGCAUAAUUCCAUAGUCACUGUGUGCUUGCAUUCAGAAUUAGUUACAUAAAACAUUCAAUCUCCUCUGUUCUCUUAGUAUUGUUCCUAGUUAUAAUUCAACGUUACCAAAAAAUGUUGAAAUCAUUUACAUUAUACACUGUAUUCAUUUUUACUCCUGGAUGUAAGAAAGAAAAAAACAGAUAGUGUCUUACAAAGGACACAAAGAAUUUCUGUAGCAUUUGUCCUUAUAACCAUCGACAGCAGAUAGACAUUAUCAUUAAACCUCGCCUCUGGACAUUGUUGCUAAGGUGUGGGACCUUCAACAGUAUUCUGAUUGGUUGUUACUGGAAUGACACGCGAAAAGGUCCAAUAAGCUUGAUGCCUAGCCUUACCACUGCGCUAAUUGUUAUCUCUUGUAUCUAUCACCCUUGCUGCAGCCGGAAAUGGUGCUCUUUCGAAUUUCCCUUUUAAGUUUAUUUUAUCAUUAACAUAUUAUUUUGAUGUUGUUAUUAACUAUAGUUUUUUUUUUAUUAUUUAAUUCACAAGUGGGCAAAGUGGGGCCCGCAGGCCGCAUGAGUCGCGCCAGUGAUUUUUUUUUGUGACCCGCGAAAAUGAAUUAAAAACCCUAUAUGUGCGGCCUGACAAGCAACAUUGGCUAGAAAAAUUUUACAGCUCGUCGACACCAACCAUCGGUAGAAAGUAAUAUUAAAACUGAGAAUAAAUUGGUGUAAAAACAGUGCUUAAAGGUUUUUGGAAGCACACUGUAAACAUCUAAGUUAGCGUGCGUCCGUCGGUGUUAAGUCAAAAAUUGACUUUGGACUUCCGACCGAUUUUUAUACCCACCCCUGGUUUAAUUCUACAAUUAUUGUGCUUAUGUUGCGUGUGAUCGUGUAGGUAGGCAAACCCUAUGAAAAUAUCUAUCCUUGCCAUUUUUUAGUUUAAUGUUAUCCCCAAUCUGUAAUAAGAUGUUUGUUUUGUUUUAAAGAUUCAUAUGGAAUAAAUCAAAUAUAACAUUUAUGC